GACGCAAAAAAGUCUGGCUCCAGUCUAACGGUAGAGCAGACACGGCGUUGGCUGAGCAAACUUGGAUGGUGCAGUGCUGCUGCAACGGUUAAAAAGUGAAUAGAGUGGUUUGUCUGAGCAUCUCCGCCGCUGCUGCGAUGCUGUUGCGAUAGCUUUGGCGAAAUAUUGGAUGUUCUGCUAACAGGGCGACCCAAAGUCCAGAAGAAGAGAUCGUAUCGGUGACCCAAAGUCGCGAAGAAAAGGUCCUAUAGACAUUGCUUUUAUGGCGGAUGAGAAGAGCCCGGUCCUAUUUCAAGCCGUCACCUCGCCGAUGUCCUCUGUAGACCUCGCGAACAAUGACAUGGCCGAAAAUGCAAAUGCCGAGGAAAAGGCUCUAAAUCGACUGCGCGAACUGGUGUUGGGCGAACCCCUGCUACACAUGCGAACGGACGACGACUUCCUUCUCAUGUUUCUACGAUCCCGAAAGUUCGACGCCGACCGCGCUUUCAAGAAUAUCACCAGCUACCUCAAGGCCCGGAGAGACUUCCCCGAAAUAUUUGAUGACCUGAGCCCUUCCCGUAUCCCCUUCGAAAGCGCCUGCCGUAAGCACCGGAUCGUGACAGUGUCUCGCCACAGAGACUACAAAGGAAGGCCUACUCUAAUGCUGAAAAUAGGCGCAUGGAGCACCGACGUUUGUUCACUCAACGACUUAUUCAGGUUUCUAGUAGUGUUUGGUAUCCACCUCCUUCUCCAAGAAGAGUGCCAAGUCAAGGGCUUGGUGGGCGUCGUAGAUUGUACGGGACUCGGCGCCUAUCAUUUGGCCCACUACACGCCUUCUGCCAUUCGAAAGUUCAUCAGGCUUGUACAGGACUGUUUUCCUCUGCGGAUCAAGGCAGUAUACGUUAUCAACCAUCCGGCAAUAUUUGAGCUUUUGUACGCCAUUUCCAGGCGCUUUUUGAAGGCCAAACUGAUUCAAAGAAUACGGCUAUUCGGCUACAACGUAGACAAGCUGCACGACCUGGUUCCUGCUGACCUGAUCUCAGUCGAGCAUGGUGGAACAUACGAAAGUUACGACUACGACGCAACUGAGAGGGAACUGAUGAAUGAGGAGGACUUCUUCGUGGAAUUCAGCUCUUUCGGUUAUCUAGAAAAGGCAACAGGAAAAAAAUGCUAGAGCUUAACUUUUCUGCGCAAGGUUAUCGCUGAGGUCCCCUCUGUUUCUUGGUUUGUCUUUCGCAUCGUCUACGCCUCAUCGGCUGUUGCCCAGCUAGUCAACUCAAUUUGUUUCAGCCUUUCUUCUGUACAAAAACACAACAAUGCUGGGACACGCAUAAAAAGUUGGUAAGAUUCAACUUGACUGGAUGCUUGCCCCAUUACUUGGCAGAAACAAGAGAGGCAGGAAACUAAGCAUCAGUGAUCAACAAUAAAAAAAAAAUAUUUACAUUUUUUUGGUCUUUGUCUAUGUUCUUAGAUGAGUGCGAAGCUGGGCUAGGUACGCAUCCAGCUUGCAGGUUCUACCUACCACAACGACACCGGGGAUUUCUCGGCAGGAUGAGCAUUGAGCUUGGUGUUUUCGGCGCAGUAGCGGAAUACUCUUUCACCAGGUAGUUGCAGUGACAACUUAUGUGUGGCGUAGCGUGUAUGCCUUGUGACAUGAAUGUGGUGGGUAAACACAAAACAUAAUUCUUCUGCAGUGUAUUUUUAUAAGAAAGCUUCGAAUAAGAAUUGUUUCUAGAUGUCAGUGUCGAGAAAUGUCACCAUUGGGAUAUUUAGUGCGCGCGCCUGAGCUCACAUCGGCGCACCGAGCCGUAACACACACAACAGGAACGUUGACGCGAGGGAAGCGCGCAUUAUUCUAUGCCACGUGCUUAUGCAUAAUGUAUGUUAUCGUGAAAUACGCGAAUCCAAACAAGAUACGUCAGUCGUACUUUCAUUUCAAAAAAAAAAAAAAGGAGAAGAAAAGAACUGCCGGAUCCUUUUAAAGGACCUGUGAAAAAAGAAAAAAAGAAAGUUGUAAGGAUACGUCGGACGUACCUUUAGCCACAACCAAAAAAAGCACCAAGUUUUUCGCUAGACUUACUCGUUAAACCGCCGUGGUUGCUCAGUGGCUAUGGUGUUGGGCUGCUGAGCACGAAGUCGCAGGAUGGAAUCCCGGCCACGGCGGCCGCAUUUCGAUGAGGACGAAAUGCAAAAACAUCCGUGUACUUAGGUUUAGGUGCACGUUAAGGAACCCCAGGUGGUCGAAAUUUCCGGAGUCCUCCACUACGGCGUGCCUCAUAAUCAGAAAGUGGUUUUGGCACGUAAAACCCCAUCAUUUAAUUAAUUUUUACUUGUAAGAGCACGUGCCAACGAAUUACAACGUUGCGCAUAUCGUUAGUGAUGAGGCCGUUCAGUGGCAAACACAUGCUUUACGAACGCAAAUACUUCGUGAAUUCGGCCACUAAUUUGACCAUUCCGCACUACGCCAGGCUGCAUACGCGGACUGGCUCCAUCGCAUGAGCUGGAGUGUGACCAGCCAUUUAAAUGGUGUACUCCGAUGUAUCUUACGUUACGCCAAUCGUGGAGAGCGCGCUGUGCGAGUGCAAUGCGCCCAGCUAUGUAAGCACGACAACCCCGCUACACUACAACGUGCAGUACCGGAAGUACGAAAGAAAAAUUAAACGAACAAACAUUGGAUGCAUCGCAGAUCGAGAGACUUGACUGUCUGCCAAAGGGUCGCUCGACAGAAAUAUUAAAAAAGAAAGAAAGAGAGCGGGGACAUGUCUUUCCGCUGUGCUUUUGUGAUGUUUCACAGCUGUAGACUGACAACCACCUUGAUUAGCGGUCGCUACAGAUCGAAUGAAAGUAAUACAAAUCAAAAAAAGAAAAUAGCGAUAUAAAAAAAAAAGAAUUUCAAGGCAAGGCCGCUAUCGCGACUCCGAGUGUAGGAAACCGGAGUGUGGGCCUCUCGAACCCGCCUCCCUCUUUCAGCCAGCGCUAACUUUUGCUCUCACUCUCGAACUGCCCCGAUGCACCAGCAUGCUCCGCUCUGUUAUCCGCUGUGUUCACACGGCGGAAAAGAAACACUAGAUACUUUC